AUGUCUUUCCUUAAUAGACUUCUUCUCCUUUAUCUUCUGCCAUUCCUGGCACCUCCGAAUUUUGUUUUUGUUCAUGCCGCUUCUAUUGUAAGUUACAAUGGCCCGUCUUCGUCUUCUCCGGAAUUUCGACCUGAUGCGCUUCAUCCCGACACACCAAAUAUAUCCUCGUCCCCACUGAUACUACCUUCUUCAACGAAUUCACAUCCAGUGCUACUUACGACACGUAAAUCAGGAGUUGGAAGGACUCUAACGGACCGAUCCUCUCUGGUUACCAGCUUCCAAGUGAUGCGUGCAGAUAAUCGCCAGUUGCUGACCCAAAUCCGACGUGACUGGCUCCUCAAUUUGCUCUCUAACUUCUCUAAACUGGCUAUCGAAGCCAUUAGCGUCGGAGGCGAUGCCAAUUCCGGGUCAGCCGAGGACCAGUCCCAUUCGCUGAUGUGGAAAAUCUUGAUGAUGCUUUAUAGCCUAUUUGACAUUGAGUCCCCUUUUGCAGUCGACCACUAUCCAUCAUUCUCUGCGUCUUUGCCUGGAUCCGAGUCCCCAGGGGCUGCUGAUAUACUUCAAGAAAGCAAGUAUCACAUCCUAUUCGGCUGGUUGGAACAAUGUCUAAAACACAGGCCCAUGCUGGAGGCUCAGCGUACUGAUAAUCCUAUCCCCAAACUUGAGGAUAGCCAACAAGUCGUCGAUAUUCCUGAUACUGCAAACUGGGUCCAAAAGGCUUUGGAUGGAAGGAUUUAA